CCUCACGCUAGGUGCCACUAACCCACUCACUGGGCUCUCUUUCACUUAUUCUCAACGAAUGAGUGUUUGGUCUCCAUCUUACCCCUUUGUACACCUCCCACUAUCCCUCUUUCAAACUGAAUGUUAUAAACGCAGUAGGAUAGCAGCCAAAAAAGUGUGGCAGUGGAAUAACACCGAAUACAAUAAACCGGACUCUUGUUCACUCAUUCCCCACCAAAAACUGCUUAGCCGGAUUCCGUCGCUGGGUAAGCCACCCUGGCCAAGGUGUAACUAUAAUUCUAUCAAAAAGAAUUCAGAUAAAAGUUUAAAGAGAAUAACUGGCGAAAUAUAUACACACUAUGUGCAUUUCCACCGCGCCACGUAUUUCUGA